AUGGGUCGCGUUCGCACAAAGACCGUCAAGCGGUCCGCCAAGGUCAUCAUUGAGCGUUACUACCCCAAGCUCACCCUUGACUUCGAGGUCAACAAGAAGCUUUGCGAUGAGGUGGCCAUCAUUGCCAGCAAGCGCCUGCGCAACAAGAUUGCCGGAUACACCACUCACUUGAUGAAGCGUAUCCAGCGCGGCCCCGUUCGUGGUAUCUCCUUCAAGCUCCAGGAGGAGGAGCGUGAGCGUAAGGAUCAAUACGUUCCUGAGGUCUCCGCUCUCGACUUCAGCCAGCACUCCGAGACUGGCAAGCUCGAUGUUGACCAGGAAACCAAGGAUCUCCUUAAGAGCAUUGGUUUCGACUCUAUCCCUACCAACGUCAUCCAGGUUUCCCAGCAGCAGGUCUCCGACCGUCCCCGCCGCUUCGUCCGGUAA